AGCCUGGACGCGUGGAACAAGCGGGGCGGUUUCGCAGGCGAACGGUGACGGGUUGCCAGGGUGUGGCAGCAGUUCUCCCGGCCGGCCGCUGCCUUCGGUGUUUCUGAGCAUCUGCAGAGUGCCUUCCACAGUCGGAUACUCUGGCCGCACCAUGGCUGCCCCUGAUGAGCUCAAGUUUCACGAAUUUAAUGAAGCUAUGGAUUUGCUGGCUGAGAAUGCUGAUGCUGCUACUCCUAGCAUUAGUGAGAGGCAAAGCCACACAACUCUCAACAUGUCUUCCAGCUAUAAUGAGGAACAUGAGCCAGAUGAAGAGGAUGAUAAAACUGAGCUCUUGAGCUUCCAGAAGAAGCAAUCCAGUUUCUGGACGUUUGAAUAUUAUCAGGCCUUCUUCAAUGUUGACACAUACCAGGUGCUGGACAGAAUAAAAGCCUCCCUGCUUCCAUUACCAGGGAAAAACUUUGUAUGGCAUCACUUGCAGAACAAUCCUGACCUAUAUGGACCCUUCUGGAUCUGUGCCACCCUGGUGUUUACACUGGCCAUCAGUGGCAACUUAUCUAACUUCCUGGAAAAAAGAGGCAGCUCCUCCUUCCACUACAGCCCUCAGUUCCACAAAGUGACUAUUGCAGGCAUAGUUAUCUACUGCUAUGCCUGGCUGGUACCCUUGGGUCUGUGGGGCUAUCUACAGUGGCGAAAGGGAGCCCAUGUCACCACCGAUGCGUACACCUUCCUGGAAAUGGUGUGCAUUUACGGCUACUCGCUCUUUGUGUACAUCCCUACUGCGGUUCUGUGGCUAAUCCCUGUACCGUGGCUACAGUGGCUCCUGAUCAUACUUGCAAUGGGGUUGUCAGGCUCAGUUCUGGUCCUUACCUUCUGGCCAGUUGUCCGCUCAGACACCAAGCCAGUUGCUUGUGCCAUAAUGGCCAUUAUUGUUUCUCUUCAUAUCCUCCUAGCUAUUGGUUGCAAGCUCUAUUUCUUUCAGAAACCAAACAUCACAUCUCCUACUCCUAUUGCUUAUACAACAGCAGCUCAGCAGAGCAAAAGCAUACACCCUCAUCUGGCUACCUCCUCCAGCAAUGCAGCGGUGAGAAGAGGAAUCUGGUAAGAGCCUGCACUAGACUUUGAAAAAUCUGCUGGGGCACCAGAUAUUUUAGUCCAAACAUUACUAUCCCCAUGCCCACCCAUAUUAAUGGAAGUGCAGAAUCACAGGAGUGUUGGAACAGGUUUGACCUUUGGAUCUCUCCCCAAUAUCCACCCUACUGAAUCUCUUCUUUUACAGACACUGAUCAUGAAUAUCCAGUCUCGAGGAGGAGAGAAGCACACUACUGAAGUAAUCUACCCAAGAGACAUGAAAACCCUGACCUGGAAGAGGAUCCUCCCCAGUGGGCCAAGCAAGGUCAUACAGCACCAUUUCAAGACUCAUUGUUUCACUACUGCCAGCCAGAGCACACCAGCAGUUGGCUUGAUUUGGAAAACAGCUCAGAUUAGAAGCCAUUUGGGCAGCCUGGCAGUUCUACGCAUCCAGAGCGGCUUUGGUUGAUGCAGCUGCCAUUUGCUCUGUUGCAGCAGGGUGGCCUGUCACAAGAGGGCAGAAGAAGGGUUUGUCUGUUACAUCUCUUUCAGCUAAAUCCUGGGUCAGUAGGAAAAAAAUGAGGAAAAUUUAGCUAAAUGGGUGCAUUCCUUUCACAAUUUCUUUGUGGGUAAGGUUCUCGUAUAAGGCAGCAAAAGAUCACUUAAAGAUUAAUUUAACCAUUUGAUUUGUUUGGUAUGCAAGGCUAAUUUGAAUUAAACUAUCAUCUUUGGAAAGUA